AUGUUUGUUGAAGUCUUCACUACUGAUAAGAAGACAGAGCUCUUUGAGAAGUUAAUGAAAAACAAUGACACAUUAUCAACUCCACCAACCAAGGCACUUGGGCUUUGUAUAAGCCUUUCUAAAAUUAAACAACAGUUAUUGCUAGGGGACAUGUUUAAGUCUUCUGCAAGUGAUGUUGAGGUUUCAUGUGCUCAUAUGUUUGAAAUGUAUUGCAAAAACCUUCCACUUUCAAAGGAUUUUGAUCUUUAA